CACCCUCGUCGUUAUUAAACCACCAAUCACACAAGCGAAUACUGAACGUGUCGAGCAUGCGCACUAGUCUAUUAAAUUCAUGCGCUGUCUAGCCGACAGCCACGAUACUGGGUGGUCGAGGUCAUAUUGAUCGAGGUGCACGAAAAGGGCUGCUGAUCUACAGCUAUGGCAAAGCUGUUUGAGUCCAUUGGAAAGUUGGGUCUGGCCCUGGCCAUAGGUGGAGGUGUGGUGAACUCUGCACUCUAUAACGUGGAUGCUGGACACCGUGCUGUAAUCUUUGACAGAUUCCGGGGGGUGCAGGAUGCAGUGGUGGGUGAGGGCACCCACUUUGUCAUCCCCUGGGUACAGAAGCCCAUCAUUUUUGACUGCCGGUCCCGCCCUCGCAACGUGCCAGUCAUCACUGGAAGCAAAGACCUGCAGAACGUGAACAUCACGCUGCGUAUCCUUUUCCGGCCCGUAGCGGGCCAGCUGCCACGCAUCUUCACCAGCAUCGGGGAGGACUACGACGAGAGGGUGCUGCCUUCCAUCACCACCGAGGUGCUCAAGUCCGUGGUGGCGCGGUUCGAUGCCGGGGAGCUGAUCACACAGAGAGAGCUGGUGUCGCGACAGGUCAGCGAGGACCUGACGGAGAGAGCCUCCACCUUCGGCCUGAUCCUGGACGACGUCUCACUGACUCACCUGACGUUUGGGAAAGAGUUCACAGAGGCUGUGGAGAUGAAGCAGGUGGCACAGCAGGAGGCAGAGAGGGCGCGGUUUGUCGUGGAGAAGGCGGAGCAGCAGAAGCAAGCCGCCAUCAUCUCGGCACAGGGCGACUCCGAGGCCGCCCUGCUCAUCGCCAACUCCCUGGCCACGGCCGGCGACGGCCUGGUGGAGCUGCGCAAGCUGGAGGCGGCCGAGGACAUCGCCUUCCAGCUCUCCCGGUCCCGCAACAUCACCUACCUGCCGUCCGGCCAGGGGACGCUGCUGCAGCUGCCCCAGUGAGCCUCCCGCUGCCCCACCUCGCCAGCUGCCCAGCGCCCCUCCAACACACGUUCUCCCCCUACAGCACACUUUCUGUCCUGUCACACCGUAGACCCUUCACAGCAAGACGAGGUACCCCUUGCGUGGGAGAAGCAUGAUUUUGUGUUGGGAAGUCUGUGUGUGAGGACAUACCAUAGAGGACUUGCAGCGGGCAUAAGAAGAGUUUGCUGACCUUUUAUAAUUCAGAAUAAUGUAAUGGCAUUAUGUUACUUCUGACUUUAUCUACUCCGUAAUGUGUAUUCAUAUUUGGGGGCAGCCGAGUGUGGAAUUGCCUUGAUCAGUGGGAAUGGUGGUGGUCGGGGUUAAUCAGUUUCAUAGAGCUGGUUGCAGUCAGAGUUCAGUGAUUUUUCAGUUUUUUUUUUUUCCAUCAAAAUUUCACUUCUACAAGAAUCAAGGCACCUGCACAGAGAGCGAGUCUUGUGAAGCUUUCUCCAGCAUUGUGUCAUGUUUAGUUCAUGAAAUUUAAAGCUCCCGAGCAAGAGCUCCAUAGACUGAUAAAGAAUAAUGCAGUAAAUGUUGCCCGUUUCCCCGUCUUGAUCAUUGUGGUUUUCAUUCACUUCAGACUGGUAAUUUGUAUUAGGGCAUUGCAAGCGAACCUGGGAAUCAUUUUGUCGCGUCUGCCUUACAGUCUGUUAUAAAAUUACUCGACCAUUUGGACGUGGGGGUAAUCUCACCAACCGAUCACUCUGCAGUUAUCAACCCCUGGUAAUGAAGGUAUUUGAGUUUCUUCUCCCUGGGCAUGCGCCCUCCAGUAAGACUGGGUGGGGAGGUACAUGGGGUCACCUACAACAGUCAUAGGCUUGGAAGCUCUGUCUGGCUUGAAGAGAGAUUAAGAUGGCUGCUUGAUUUGAAGGAUCAUAUCAUCUGUUUUACCUCUGACAUUUCUGACAGGAUAUGGUAUGGAAUACAUUUGGCUGAGCAGAGAAGGAUGCGAAGUUUCAUGGCAAACAUUGAUUUCUUUGGUCAUUCUUGUUUAAAAGUAUGUGAAACUCUCAUUCCACCCAGCUCUUAUUGCUGAACAAUAAAACAUCUUAUUUCUA